AUGAUGUGUGCGGUAGCGACAGGCCCUAAUGCCAUUCCAGUCUCCCACGAGAUGGGAAACCAACUCCUCCGCACUGCGGGAGGAACCGAUAAGAGCGACGAGCGCGCGGAAGGGACUCAGCCGCUUCCGGAAGCGCGACGGGAGUCUGGGUCAGAGUCGACCCUGAGUGAAGAGACUCCGGACGCGACGAUGAAUAGCAGCAGGAAGUCUGCACAGGCGACAGAAGACGGAAAUAGGUCAGCCGCGACAGAGAUUGUGUCACACUGGUGGAGGGAGACUUGCAUGAAAGAGUCUUACGAUCAAGGGGGAGCGUUGUGCUGUGCGGGUGCGACGGCGGUACUUCGCGUUGAGCUUGUAGGGAGUCCUUGUGAGGCUCUCUUGGACACUGGGGCUUCGACAAGUUUCAUUAGUCCUAAAUUGGUCGAACGACUGCAGCUGAAAGUGCGGAGACUACCAAAGGAACAUAGGUUCACCACUGCUACAGGUGCACAAUUACGCAUUGAUCGGGUAGUGACGGGAUUGACGUUGUGGUGCGGACAUACACGUUUUUCCGGGGACUUUCUAGUGGGACCCGUUCCCUACGACUUAGUCUUGGGUUUGGAUUGGCUGACGGAACACAAGGUGGCCUGGUACUUGCAGUCUGACAAACUCCGAACCUAUGUGAAUGGCCAGUGGUACGAGUUACCAGUCGUUUGGACUGGUGAAUCGACACUGCAAAGUGAUAGUCCCACCGUAGUCCACCCACGGACUCCAGCAGAGCAAGCAUACGAGUAUCUUGGCCAAACAAGUGGCGGUCCUUUGGCCUCAACCGCCUCGGUGACAGCGGAGAGUGACGAGGAGUCCCCCUGGCCUAUGGCAAAACUCGAGCACACUCUAUUCGACGAAUGGAUCAAUUCGACUGAGGCGCAGGAUAUUCCAAGUGAGGUUGCCCAGGUGCUGCACGAGUAUCGGGCGGUUUUUCCCGAUAUCUUACCUAAAGGCUUACUUCCGGAGCGCCCUCAUGAUCAUCAUAUUCUCCUGGCGCCUGGAAAACUUCCAGCGAGAUCUGCAAUGUACCGUAUGACCCCAGAUCAGCUCACUUUCCACAAACAGGAGAUAGCCAAAUUAUCGGAUAAUGGUUGGAUCGGACCGACCUAUUCGCUUAUUUGCUCUCCUACGAUCAUGGUGGACAAGCGUGAUGAUGGCUCUGGGGAGCGGAAGAUGGGGAUGGUUGUCAAUUACCAGGCUCUAAAUGCCCGUACGAUAGCCCCUGAUUUUCCACUACCUCCCAUUCAAACCAUUCUGGAGCUGCUCGGAGGCGCCAAGUAUUUUUCCACUUUGGACCUGGAAGCAGGAUUCCAUCAAAUGCGUAUGGCUAAGGAAGACCGGUGGAAGACGGCUUUCCGGUCCGUUCUCGGGCUAUUCGAGUACCGCGUGAUGCCCUUCGGCCUUAAGGGAGCUCCCGCUACGUUCCAGGCCAAUAUUAAUGCCUAUUUACAACCCUUAUUGGGGCAGGGCGUUAUUGCGUACCUGGAUGAUGUACUUAUCUAUAGUUCCUUACUCGCGUUCUGCAUUCGCAUCACAACCAUGUCACAGCCGGCCAUCGAGGCCAGAAAAAGACCUUUGCGGCUCUCAUUGCUCAUCCCUUCUCGUCGAUGGGCGCACGUGAGCCUCGAUUUCAUCACAGAUCUUCCCCUUACAACGACAGGGCACGACUCGAUCCUUGUCAUGGUCGACUCCCUUAGCAAGAUGGCUCAUUUCGUUCCUGCAAAGAAGUCAUUCACAGCAGCAGACACCGUGGAGCUUCUCGCAGACCGCCUUAUCCGCUAUCACGGUUUUCCAGAGGUGCUCAUAUCGGACCGCGACCCCCAUUUCCAGUCGGAUCUUUGGAACCAACUCUGCCGCCGCUUUAACAUCAAACGGUGCAUGUCCUCGUCCUACCAUCUCCAAAGCGACCCCCAAACUGAAAGGCUUAACCGCACACUGGAGCAGAUGCUUCGUACCUAUAUCAAAUCUGACGAACACGAGCGGGAGCGUUUGCUUCCAGCCUUGGAACUUGCCUACAACACAACAAGCCAUUCAUCCACUGAGCUCUCUCCUUUCGAGGUCAUGAUUGGAGAAAACCCAUUGACUGCGGCGGAACUUGAUAUCGUAGGCGCGUUAGCUCCUACACUCACUCCUUCCAUGACUAAGCUUUUUUGGCAGCUCUGCGACAGAGCGCAAAGUCACAUCCUGAAGGCAAAAUGGCAGCAGAAGUAUUACGCAGACACAAAGCGUCGAGCAGUGGAAUACGCAGUGGGAGAUAAGGUCUGGCUCAGCAGCAAGCACCUACCGCCUUUCAACAGCUGCCCUAAGCUCGAGCCCCGCUACCGCGGACCCUUCGAAGUCCUCGAACGCAUAGGAACUGUUGCUUACCGUCUCGCUCUGCCUCCCACUUAUGAAUGCCAUGAUGUUUUCCACGUUUCGCAGCUAGUUCCCCACCGCCCCCGCCCUGG